AUGCUAGUCCUUUCCAUUUCAAAUGACAUAAUUCAACCUUUUCUGCUUGGAUGCAAUACAAAGAACAGCAAAAUUAUUCAAGCAUGCCUUGUUUCGAUCCAUCGGCUAAUCACUCAUAAAUUAGUGACGCAGGUCUCGGCAGCUAAGAUUGUGAAUAUGUUAUGGAUGUUAAUGGAAGAUGGAAUGGAAGAAUUAAAAAUUUUACAAACCCUGCUUGCCCUACUUACUACAACUACUGUUGUUCAUAACGAUCUACUUGCGAAGUGCAUUGUUUUAAGCUUCAAGUUAUACUCCUCUAAAGAUCCCGUAGUUUCUAAUACCUCUGCAGCAACUAUUCGUCAGAUAGUUUGCAUAUUGUUUGACCGUGUUCAAGCCGAAGAUGCUCAAGCAGAUCAGCUAUCUAGUGAACCAAUACUUCGAAGCCCGACAGACAAAUGUCAAUUUUCGUUACAGUCUUGCGCCCUAGAUGCCUACAUGUUCUUUCAGGAUCUUUGCUCCUUAAUAAAUGGAGAGCCUCCAAUUUGGGCCAUUGGGCUAUCAGAAAUGAUAAAAGCUUUUGGCUUGGAAUUACUUGAAUCAACUCUAAUGCAAAACCCCCAAAUUUUUUUAACUCAUCCCGAAUUUAGUUUUCUUUUGAAAGAAAGAAUCUGCUCUCUAGUAAUAAAGCUAUUCUCCCCCAGUAUAAAAUAUCGACAAGCUUCGCAACCGCCUUCGCUGGCAGUAGAACGGCCGUCCUUUGCAAUUUGUGUCAGGCUAUUGCGAAUGGUAUCUGUUUUAAUCAAGGAAUUCUAUAUGCUACUGGUGACCGAAUGUGAGAUUUUUCUUUCAAUUCUGAUCAAGUUCCUUGAUAUGGAUAAGCCGCUAUGGCAGCGAACUUUAGCAAUUGAAGUUUUACAUACAUUUUGCAUACAGGAGCAAUUAUUACGAUCAUUCUGCGAAUUUUAUGAUAUGCAAGAGCAUUCUACAAAGAUUUUUAAGGACAUUGUAAAUGCUCUAGGUGGUUUUAUUCAGUCAGUAUUUAAUGGAUCAUCUAAUUCGUCGAGUAUAUCUGGUCCCAGCGGUGCUGUAGUUGUAAAUGUCUCUCAGGCAGUAAGUAACAGUCCUACAUCAUCUGUUGGUAAUUCUACACAACAAGGUGGAUUUCUUUACCGAGGGUUGUGGAUACCAUUAAAUAUCCGCCCUCUUCCAGGCAUUGCAAAGCCCGUUUAUUUGGAUAUGUUAGAUAAAACUGAAGCACCUGCAAUAAUGGAUGGGUACACCCUUACAAUAGCUUUUUCGUCAUUGUUGGAUAUAAUUAAAAGCUUAACUCUGCUUAUGUGCCAUGACGUGCGCAGUUCUCCGUCUGAAAUGGAAGCUUCGGCAGAUGCUGGAACUCUAACUGGUAUUUACCGAUUAGCGGAUUCUCAGGAGGAUGUGAAUGCCGACCAGAAACUGUGGAAGAAAAUGAUUACCUCUUCUUGGUGUGGUCUACUGGCUGCAAUGUCACUUUUACUAGAUGCAAGUACUGAUGAAGGCACAACAGAAGCUUUAUUAAAAGGCUUUCAACAAUACACAAGCAUGUGUGGCCUUCUUCAAUUAGCAAUGCCGCGUGAUGCUUUUAUUACUGCAUUAUGUAAGGCAUCUCUACCUCCUCAUUAUGCACUAACUAAAUCAUUCGAUAGCGGAAAGACUUGGGUAGCUGAUGCAUCUUUGAUGCACAUUGAUAGUGAUGGUAACUCUUCAACUCGGAUGUCAUCUCGAACGUCAUUACUUCAGUCCGGAAUAAGUAGCCCGACUACAGCAGGAUCGGUAACGUUGACAGUCAAGAACAUGCAAUGUAUGCGAGCCUUACUUAGCAUUGCACACUGCCAUGGGAAUAUUUUAUCGACGGCUUGGCAACUAGUACUAUCUACUUUGCAAAAUCUGACACUGAUUCUUGGGCUUACGCCAACAAAGACCGGGAGUUUAGUUAACCCUAGAGGACCUGACAGUAUGACCGUACUAGUAUCGGCUUCGGUUGCAGGAGAGGUGCCUAUUGUUGCAACGAUGCUGUCAAGAUUAUUUGAAAGCUCGCAGUAUUUAUCCGACGAAGCGUUAUUGGAUCUGAUCGAAGCUUUAACAAAUCUAUCCCUAUAUAACAUAGAUGCUGCCUUGAAUAAGCGUGAACCAUGCUUAUUUGCUUUGGCAAAAUUACUUGAAACUACUUUGGUUAACAUUAAAAGAUCACAUGUAUACUGGGAUAAAUGCAGUGAUCAUUUACUACAGAUCAGUAACCAUAAUAUCAAUCAGAUGAGAAAUUUUGCUUGUGAGUCUUUAGCAAGUCUUGUUAGGAGUGCUUUAGAAGUGCUAAAAAGCGAUGAGAAUGUUAUAGUAGAAGAAAUUUUAUUUACUACGUUAGAAAAAAUGUCGUCCAUUACUUUUUCAGAUGUAAGGCAAGUUCAACUAUCAUCAUUAUUACAAUUAUUGAAUACUUUUGGGAAUUCUAUUAAAACCUCCUGGUUAACAAUUCUAAGAAUUAUUGGUACAAUUACUGAUAAACAGGGAGAAGUUCUGAUCCGAACUGCUUUUCAGUGUUUACAACUUGUCAUUACAGACUUUUUACCGACGAUGUCAUUCAAAUGCCUGCCUGAUUGUAUUAUUGUUGCUAGUAAAUUUGGUACUCAACACCAAGACUUAAAUUUAAGUUUAACUUCAAUAGGUUUACUUUGGAAUAUCGCUGACUAUAUUUGCAGUAAUUACGACGCAAUUAAGUCGGAGCUAAAAGAAAGCAUAGCGGAAACAACUAAAUCGAACUGCAGUAUUGAUGACAUUCUCUGGGUGAAAUUAUUUUCAUGUUUAGCGGAUUUAUGUGUGGAUACUAGGCCGGCGAUCCGAAAAAGUGCCGCCCAAACCUUAUUUUCCAUGAUGAGUGCUCACGGAGGCCUACUUGAUGCUAUGGUGUGGCAUACUGUGCUUUGGCAAGUUUUAUUUCCACUGUUAGAUAAUGUUAACAGUUCCUCUCAUAUGGCAGCAAAUAUUAAGGCUGAUACUUCCGAAGCUGGAAUUCUUAUACAUCAUUCAAGAGACACCGUGGAAAAGCAAUGGGCAGAAACUCAGGUUUUGACGUUAGCUGGUGUUACCCGUGUCUUUAACGAACAUAAUCAAAUUUUUGCUAAAAUGACGGAAUUUCAACGUGCAUGGGUUUUGCUUUUAGAACAUAUAGAAAGUUCUGCUAUGAACACCAACAGUGAAGUAUCUUUGGCCUCGCUGAAAUGCUUUCAAGAUAUUUUUAACUUAGAAAGUAUAUCUGAAGGGAGCAGACCACACCAGGGUGUACAAACUUCAGAAACUGAUAGUAGAUAUGUUAGUAUUUGGUCAAACGUUUGGCGUGUAUGGUGUAAUAUAGGCAGAGGGUCAACGAAAUUAUCAGGAGAACUUUUAUCAAAUCAUAAAAACAAAAUAAAUGAUUUCUUGCCGUCUCAAACGUUUCUCGUAACUUUCCUAAGAGCAUUUCCAUCAUUAUAUGUUCAUAUUGGCGCACGAUUUGUAACAAAUGAUAUUCAGCAGACUAUGAAUAUUUUAUAUGAUGCAGUACGGAUCCCUGUCACACCUGACAAUCUGCCUUUUGUGCUAAGUAGCGCCAAUAAAGAUUCUAUAACACCUUUACAAGAAAUCAUCAUUAAUGGCAUCAAUUGCUUGUGUAACUUGCCUUACGGCGAUAUAGACUCAUCUACAUUAAACGCCAUUAACUCUUGUCAAAAAGGAAGAUCUUUGAUGUAUCCUACAUUAUUUACGGAACUUCUACGAUUUACUGAACUUGCUUCCCUCCCUCCUAAACCUCCAAUAUUUUUCGAAUCAGAUGCUCAAGCAAAAAAUAUUCCGGCUGGCCUAUCGGUAGUAAAUUGUGUUCCUUUUGCAGAAUUGUGUAUAAAAAUUACAGUUAAUAUGUACAAGGCAACCGCAUAUGAUGCUACAGUGAUAAAAGGAGGCGUGCUGAAACAAAUAAUUAAGUCGCUAGGUAUCCCUUUGGGUUUAAAGUACGGUUGUUCGUCUCAAUCUACGUGGAGAUUGGCAUUUCAAUCCUUACAUGAAAUACUAGAGAUUGGCCUGAUUGCUACACAAAACGAGUUAGAGAAAGAUGAACUCACGGAGAUUUUUGAUGAUAUGUGGUUAGAGUUAAUAAACACGUUCGAGAGCUUUUUGUUUUCGGCCCACCCUCCGCCUCCUUCAUUGUCAGUUAGUGAGUAUAUAUCACACGAAGAAAUGGAUAUAAAGAUAAUAGCGCUGCUGAGAGAUAAAAUUUUGUCUCAUGCCCAUAUGUUACCUUACGAAUUUUUAAACCGAACCAUGAGUCUACUUAAACGUGGGUCUAUUCACUCGGCUGCGUCUGCGGUAUUUCAAGAUCUUAGUGAUAACAAUUUACCUUUGAGAGAAAGAUUUGCACAAGCGUGUUUCGAAACGUUAUUGUCGUUUUCUUUAUCAAAGGAUAAAUACAUUUAUACCAAACAUAGGGAAGAUCUUUCAAGUUUGGCCAUUACAUCAAUGCUUGAAAGAUGUUUGGAAGUACUGAAGAAAUACAAUAUCGAUGAACGCCUUAGUGGUUCUUACCCUUUACCAAACUUGCGCAUGGCCGAAGUUUUACUUGUUAUGAAAGCUAUCUCAACGUUAAUGACUACCUUAAUAGACUCUAAAGACAAUUCUCGAGACAUCGUUUAUGAAAAUAUCUGGAUACGAGUAGUUGCUCUAUAUCCCACAUUGGUUGACUGCAUAACUUGUAAGUCAGAAAACGUUAGACUGAAUUUAAAAGAGGUUUUAAGAAAAUUUAAAGAUGUCCUUGUAAUACCACGCAGUUAA